AUGUUGCACGGUGCAGAAUGGCUGGGCAAGAAGUACGCCUCGUUGGCUGGACCUGGCAAGCAGCAGACGUUGGAGACGACGCUCAUCACCUUGGCCUCCAGGCUGACCGAUACGCCCUCCACUGAGCUCGCCCCCAUUCAAGACCGAAAAGCAGCUGUCUUGGCUCUCAAGGGUUUGGCCCGUGAUCAUCCUCGUGAAGUCGGCGACAAGGCCUUGCCCGCUUUGCUUGAGUCGCUGCAGCGGGACACGAAAGCAGAGAGGGGCGUGGAGGAUGAGAUGGCUCGUGCAAUCGUCGAGUGUCUUCUGGCGCUGCUAGAAUCGCCCGCCAGUCAGCCCAACAAGCCCGCAUCACUCCCUCCUCACGUGCUCCCUCACGUGGAUGCGAUAUUAGCCAGACCAGGGCCUCUCCACUCCAUCUUGCCGUUGCUGUCACCGGCUCGGAGCUUCUACACUCGAUUUGCAUCUUUGCAGCUUCUCGCUACUCUGACUAGACUGCGCACGGCUAGCGUGCAAGAACACCUCCUCACUUCUCCAGGAGGCUGCGGCGCGGUGCUGGCUUGUCUGGCUGAAGGAAGUGGCAGCAGUGCCGAAAUCGUCCGAAACGAAGCGUUGCUACUCAUUCCUAGGCUGGUAGAGAGCAACGCGGAUAUUCAAAAGUUGUUCGCGUUUGAAGGAGCAUUCGAGAAGCUGAUCGAUGUCGUGGCGCAAGAAGGAAGGAUCGAAGGAGGCUUGAUCGUGCAGGAUGCCUUGGAAGGUCUAGAAUCGCUGCUUCGAUGGAACGUGUCCAAUCAGAACUACUUUCGCGAGACCCUUUCCGUGCCUCUGCUCGCUCCCCUGCUUUAUUAUCCGCCUCCUCCUCCCAAUGGCGCGUUCCCCUCCAGACAAGCCGAACAAGAGCAUGCAAGGCAGCUGGAGGCUUUUGCGUUCCAGUCUUGGGAAGACGCCGAUUUUGGAGCGGAGGAGCAGCUCCCGGAAGCAGCAGCUGCAGCGGCUGUCUCGGCGAAUGGCCAAGGCGCCGAAGGCCAGAAAGCGAGAAAUGCGAGACUGGUCAUCGGUAUUGCAAGAUUGCUGGUCGAGGGACAGGGAGACGGUAGACGGGCCAAUCAGAAUGCCCUACUCGCCUCGGGCUUCACAAGAGCACUGCUCGAACUUGCCCUCGCAUCAACAGCUCCGGUUGGCCUCAAAGCGCAAGCUUUCAACGUGCUCUCUUCUCUGUUAAAUUCUUCUCGCUCGACUCAAGAUCUGCUCUCAUCCCUGCUGAUUUGCCCCUUGCUCGGCAUCGAGGCGCAACCAGAAGAAAUACCGGCAGGUCCGGAUGGCGCCGCACCGCCACCUCCUAAGGCUCCUCUGCUCACCUUCACCCGUCUCCCCGCUCGACCUGCCAUUCUCUGCUUGAUAGACGCCGCAGUGUCUGGCUUAGCUCCGGCUGUCGCUCGGACGGCUGCACCCAGCGCAUGCCUGGGCUAUCGCGCUGCAGCGCUCAGCUGCUUCGACGCGUUUGUGGCGGACAAUCUCGAUGCACGAUUGGGCAUCAUCAGUACCAUGGCACCCCCACCUUCCGAUGGCUCGAACGACGAAGAAGACGUGGGGACGAGCGCGGGCAGUCUGCUCUUGCAAGGAUUGGCACAGCUUCCUGCUCCCCAACCGGGCGCCAAUCGUUUCGACGCUUAUCGACAUCUCUUUUCUGCACUUCUGUUCUGUUCGCUCGUGCGAGGUAGCGAGACGGCGAAGAGCAUGGCCAGAGAAAUCAGGUUCGGUCCUGAUGGCAAGCCUGUAUAUAGGAAGCAAGGCUCGAAACCGAAUGGGGCUGCAGAGGAGGAAGAGGAUGAAGAAGUGAGCCUGAUUCACGUCCUCAUCGGCAAUCUGACCAUGGCACAGAGAGAAAUGGGAGAGGCUGUGCGCAGAGAAAGGAACGCUACCGCCGGCGCCGGCGCUCCAGCUGCGGAUCUUGGAGCGGAACCUUCUAGCACGGAUUGGACACGAAUCAUUGUCGGCUACCUCUCCCUCCUGGCCGUUUGGCUGUGGGAUUCAAAGCCGUCGGUGUCGGAUCUGCUUUCCGAGUCCUCCAACUUGCAGACGCUGGUCCAGCCCGCCGCUCAGAGCGGAGGCGGCGUGGACGUUCUCAUUGCGGGGCUGUCAUACGAGUGGGGUGCGGUACCUGGUACGGAAGGCGCAGAGAACUCCAUCGACAGAGGCACCAUGCAUCCCAUCCUCAACACUCGCAUAGGCCCGGAUCAGUUUGCAGCAAGAAUGGCUAGGUUACGAGAUGAUGUGCGCAUCAAGGAUGUGGGGCCAGACGUCUUGGAAACUAUUAGCAGCAGAGGCGGAGGACCAAUUGAGACCAGCGAAGAUGGCCUCUGGUUCGACUGGCCGUUUGUCGAAUGGCUCAAGAACAACUUUGUAUUGAUUCAGAAGUCUAUCACCAUCGAACCCACCUCUAGCUCUGCUGAUGCAGCGGCUGCGACUGCUGAGCUGCUCGAUGCUCAGAGGCAAGCAGAGCACCUGCGCGACACCGCAACGCGCCAGGCGCGGGAAGUGGAGCUCCUCGAGGGCAAAUUACAGGAGCUUACUCGUGUCUCUGAAGAGGAGGUGAGGGUCUGCAUUUCGAAGUCGAGCGUCCUCCACUCCUUCCAGCGCGCCUCUCUGACCAGCCAGCUGGCCAAAAUACAAGAAACUUUGGACUUGCGAGAAAGGGAGCUGGCCGAGUCCCGCUACGCCCCGAAGCCUGCCGCAGCCCCUGCAGAGGUCUCGUCGAACGACGCCCUGCCGCAAGCAUCUGCGGAGGCAGAAGCGGCCGCAGAAAAGGCUAAAGCGGAUGCAGCUGCUGCGGAGGAGCGAGCCAAGGCUGCAGAGGGGAGGUUGAUAGAUUUGCAGAAGAGCAAGGAGGAAUCUGAUAAGAAGCUCUCGGACGCUUUGAGCCUCGUCGAGAAGGCACGAGCGGAUGCGGAGAGCGCCAAAGCUGAAACUAGAAAGGUCAAGAAGGACGCGGAAGAUGCUGUCAAGGCUGCUUCUACUGCCAACACUUCCGCCGCAACCACAGCGAAGGAUGGGGAAGGAGAGGGAGAGGGCGAAGGAGAAAAGAGCAAGGAGGAAUUGGAAAAGGAGUUGGAAGAUCUCUUGAUCCUGUUGGACGAGCUCACUCAGAAGAGGGUCAGGGAUAAGAACAAGAUGAGAGAAAAGGGAAUCGAGGUUAGCGAGGAUGAGGCGGAUGAUGAGGACGAUGAGGGCGAUGACGAGUAG